AUGGACGGUUUAAAAAAACGACAUUCACUACUUGAAACGGAUAAAGAAACAGUUGAAGUAUUAGAUGAGCAAGAAGAACAAGAUCAAAUUGUCGAAGAAUUACGUUUACAAAAUGAUCGUUCAAAUACUUACUUCAAGGUUUGA